CUUCUCAGACUUCCAAUGAAAGAAAGCUAGGCCCAUAGUUUAGGAGCUCAUUCGCUUUCUGAGAGAACAACAGCAAAGUCAUUGUGACCUCCACAGAAAGAAGUGUGAGUGCAUGUGCGGGGGAGGGACAAAGUUGGUAUGAUUGAAUGAAAACAUCAAAUCCAAACUAAGAUGGUUUUGUGGGUACAUCAUUAGAAUAUCAAUGAACAAAAAAGACUGUCAAUUAAAAUGAUUUAGACUUUUAAUUAAAGUUAAAUAGGCAAAACAGACAGUGACUACAAAAUGUGAGUAACUAAAAAGGCAAACUAUAAACCUUGUAUGAACUGAUAUGAUCAGUUCCUCUCAGUUCUGGGGUUUUAACCACUAUCUAUUUUGAAUAUAGACUAACUUGUUAAGACAGUAGCUGUCAUAAUGGUGACAGGCCCCCUCAUAGACAAUGUUGACUGGAGCGUGAGAGAAAGAGGAAGAUUACACAGCAAGUGGAACUCUGUCUGACCACAGUGCAAACAACACAGCUGCACGAAGUGAGAAAGUCUCAGCCAGGUCAUGGCCACAGGUGGAUGUGUCCAUGACCUGAUGAUGAUGUGAUGUAUAGAGUAGGUGUAUGGCUCUAUACAUAAAUUAAACAAAUGAGAAUGACACUAUCAAUCGUAAAACACUUCCUACCACAAUUUGUGAUCUUAGAAAACAUGUAUUCGUACCUACAAAUAUAGAGAGAUAAUUCGUCUCUCUAUACAGUAACAGCUGCCAUAUAAACCAACAAAAGUCAUUUCACGGUAAGUAAAAGUCUAUAACUAAGACUGGGUUAUUGCUUUAAUAUUAGUUAUCCCUGUGACUAAAUGACACCCAAUUUUUGGGUGGUAGAUGGAUUUCUUCAGUUUAUACAUAGGGCUUGACGAAUCAGUCAUUGGCUGAAGACAUGACAGUUUAUAUAUUCCCUCCCAAUAUGUUAUGCUUAAGUGGCUGUAGGAAAAAGUCAAGACUACAGGUUUUAAACCAAACCGGCAUUCACUCUGCAAAACAAUGCCGAAGGUCAACCAGAUUCCUGCCUCUUUCUAUUCAUAGCAACACUUAAGAUAAGAUUGUGUGUGUGUGUGUGUGUACUAUUGUCCUGACUGGAACUGUAGCCCCUGUGUAGGCUGCAUGGCGGGAACUGAUCUGAAGGAAGUGUCAUUUCCUUAUCUGGCAGCUCUGCAACUCGGACUUGACUUCAGCCAACAACAAAAAAACAGGUUCAGUAAUCAAGUAAGCCAAACAGGCAGCUAAAACAUUUUAAGCCAGGUCUGCUCUAAGAAUACUUUGAAUACUUUCAUGACUACACAAGUUCUAAGGAGGUCCUUAUAUAAGUGUCAGGAAUACAGAUACAUAACCAACUCGAGAGUGUCCCUUAUGUCUGAGAUCCUCCAGGUCUUCUAGACUUAAAGCUCCACAACCCUCUUUCUUAGGGGUUGCCUCAAUCCUACUGAUUGGACAUAGUGUGCAAUAGAACACCCCUCUUUAAAUGAUCAGGAAACUGAGAUUUAAUUCAUUAAUCCCAUGACAAACAUCUGAAGAUCCAGGCUACUUACAGCUCCUCUCGACUAAGACAUGUGAGAGGACAUGCUCCUAAAAUGUCUGAGUCAUACUGGCUUUGCUAGCGUAACACCAAAGAAGCUGUGGAUCUGAAUUUAACUGAAGGGUAUCAUAUCAUCCUGAACUAUGAACAAUCAUAGUUCAGGACCUGACACUCAUUAUUCAUUUGGAUUUGACUCAAGUGCACGACAAGGCUUAUAACGCACCUGUUCUUUAUGAGGUCAAAUAUGUGGGUAUGGGAGCAUCAGGAAGUAACUCUUUUGUUUGGUCAAACCAUCCCACACUGUCACACAUGGCUGACUGGAGACAGGACCAGUAGCACCUCUUUCUUCUUAAGACCUAGCCGGAAUGAUAUAUCUCCAACUGUGACAACAAGGACACCUUGGAAGGAUAUAAAGUUCAUUUAGUUGAAAGUCUGACUUGGCUGGAAUUCCUGACAAAUGCAUUUCUGGCAUGCCUCUCGGUAACCAGGGGAGUCAUUUUCAUUAAUACUGAUAAUAAAGGUCCUCUGCCUGGGGGUUGAAACCGGAGAGCUUCUUUGUGGUUACCUGAGACCAGCAGAAUGGCUGUCCGAAGGCCAGCUGGCCACCUGCGCAGAGCUGCUGGCUGGAGGAGCUCAGGGGAUGAGACCUACUGGGAGGGCCUGAAGUCUGAGGUGGAGGUGGUCCCCUGUGGCACUCCGACCCAGCAUGUCCUCCAGCCCCAGAGUGCCAUUGAAGGAGCCCAGAAGGACGCUUGGAUGCAGCAGCUGGGGAGGAUGCAGUGCUGCCAUUCGGGAGGCCCUGCUUGUGAUCAAAUGGGACCUUUUUACAACAAAAAUGCAUCCCUGCCGAGCCUUUCCACUGAGCAACUUGGAUCUUUCCCACAAUCAUCAUAUCAGGGUGUUCCCUACAUGAACAGUGGGGAUCUCUCUUCACGUGGGAUCCCCAGCAUGUGUGAUAUUUCACCAGCAGGCAGCCAGGGCUCCCUCAAAGAUGAACCGUUCCACAAUCCAGAGCGUCGAGGGAGUUGGGAAAAAGCUUCUAUCAAGCAGGCCCCUGGGAAAGAGCAGGCCAAACUCAGCUCUCUUGCCCCAGUUAGAAUAGGCUGGCUGCCAAUCCAAAGGAACAUCACAGUGGCGGAUUCUCCUGGCCAAAACUCUUACCUGGAGAACCCUGUCAGCCAGUUGAAAUUAAAACAACCCAUCACCCCAACCUUCCUGAAGAAUCCUGGCAAAGAGAAUGGCUUCAGACACAUGGAUGGAGCAGAAGAGAGGAGUCAAGCAAGACCAAAUUCUAUGAGUGUGAGGACAUGGUGUCUCCCAGAUCAAGAGUCUCACACUGAUCCACAGGUCUCUGACAAGGGAUGCCACACCUCAGCAGAGGGAAACAGGCUGCUUAAUUGGCAGGCUUUAAGGAGGGGUUGGACCAUUAAUAGGACAUCACCCAUUAGUGGUGGAACUCAACCGAAUGACCAUCACAGUCGGACUCAACCAGAGUCCCACAGCAAAAGGCCUCUGCACAGAACGACAAGUGGAGAACCGUGCGGAACAACUGCCCCUACUCACAGAGCAGUGAGCCUCCUCAACCCUCACACACUCUCACACACACAGACCCCGUCCGCUGGGACAGCUCUUGUCCCAAAGUCUACUACCAGCUUCUCCUCCAUCACCAUCUCCUCCAGGAAGGUGACCAGGACAUCAAGCCUUCCUGGAUCCAGUCGCCCCUCCAGCCCUGGUGAGCAGCCUAGCUUUGAAUCCUCGUCAUCUCGUCCUCGGGCCCCCCUUCCCUCGGAGCCCCACUCGCCUGACCACACCACCCUCAGGCAGGCCAGCAUAGUCAAGGUGGCAGAGCACAGGAUGAACCCGUGCUCCCCUGUUGUUCUUUUGAAUGGGCCCCAGGGUCCUAGAACCCCCGUCUCCUGUGAGCCUCAGAGGGGCCACAGCUGUGAAGUGGUGGUGAGAAGGAGGAAGGCCACCAUCAUUAAAGUGACUGAGCACAGGGAGCGCUACAGUGCUGGCCAGGGGGGGUUGGGGAGCAGGCAGACUGAGUACAGGCACAGUUACACAGAGGGGGUGUACAGAGAAAACAGCCUCUGGCAACAAGGCUUAUUAGAGUCUCCAGACCACAAUGACGCACCCUUUUAUAAACAUCUAGAACAUUCUCCAGAAAGUACAAACUCUUUUUCAAGCCCAAACAGGGCCACUACAGUUUACCCAAGAGAGCCCGAGAGUGGAUCCACCCUCCACAGGUCUACCCUUUGUCUGUACGUCACCGGCUCCUCCACCAACGACACGUCCACAGAGAAGGUGAACAGGGAGAGGUCAGUGAAGGCCAGGAGACCUGUAAGCUGCUACGCCGGCAUGUUUGGACACAGUGAACCUAGCCCGGAGAUGAUUGGCACACAAGCUCCACCCAGGAAAUGGAGCGUGGAACUUCCUGGAGAGAUGCAUAUUGACUCUGUCAAAGACUCUGCUAUUGGACUGGACACACAUGCUGCCUUGGGAUUCCCUAUCAGUGCAGGGACAGCAUUUAGCAACACAGGUCACCCAGUGGCAGAGACAGCAACAGCUCCACAGCAACAACAGAAACUCCAGGCAGAAGUAAGAGGCCAACCCCCUCCACUCACUCUCAUCCAGGCCUCAGAACCCAGGUCACAGCAGUCUCCAGAGCAUAUCCUCGCCCUCAAUGCCGCUGCCGUCAUAGCCAAUGUAAAACUCCAAACACAACUGAGCAAGAAAGCAACACCAAAUGGCAAUUCUACAAAGGAAUCAAACUCAUCGCCCUUGGGAAAUAUACUCGUGAGGGGUGUAGCCACCUGUGAAAACCCGAGGACCAAUCACAACAUGGUCCAACAAGAUCCUGGUGUUGCUCCAAUCCCUUCACGCAUCAACACACCUAUAAACAGCCCAGCCAAAGCACUUUCUCUCCGGGAGGCUCUGGAGCUGUCUAGACCUGACUUCAUCAGUCGCUCCCAGGGAAGGCUGAGGGAGCUGGGGAGACGGGCCCUGGAGAGGAGGGAGCUCCAGCACUCUUCAGACCCACAGCCAGAGAAUGAGCUCAGGCACAAGAGAGGACACUGCACCAGGCCCAAUCCUCAGAGUGAUAACCUUUUCAGACCCAGAGACAGAGCCAUUACUGGAAAAGAGAUGCAUCUUAGAUCCAAGCGGAAUUACAAUAACCUUCCAGAAGUAAGGAGGAAAAAGGAGGAGGAGAACAGGAGGGUGAUUUCCCAGACCAACAGACAUAGAGUUGAACUGUUCAAAAAGAAACUCCUGGAUCAGAUUCUUCAAAGAGGCAAUGACUGAGUAACGUUGGGCAAGAACUUCCUACAGUAUGAUACAUACAGUAACCUGGCUGCUUCACGCCAUCAGCUCACCCUGACAUGAACUCAGAGCACUGAUCAAGAGCAACACUAAGAUCAGCCUAACCACAGUAGUAUUCAACACAAUAAACAUAUAUCUCUAUAUUUAAUCCAGUUUUGGUUGGUUGUAAUGCAAAAUAGUUUGCCGGAUAAAUGUAUAUCAUGUCACGAUAACCAGUAAAUUGUUUUCCUGCUGGUCCUAAUCGAGCUCUGACAGAUUUUGUCAAAAUAAAGGUAGUUAGACUAUGCUCUGGACAAACCAUAAACAUAAUUACUGUCUGUAUAUGUCCUAACUGGUUGUUUCUGUCACAAUAGUUCUUUACUUCACUGAAACCCGUUUUGCAGCUGAUAAGGAGGGGGUCCACAUCCCUCCCAUACCAUCUAUUACGGAGUUGGAGGCAUUUGACACCUCAUAGAGAUGUCCAUCAGUACUGGUUAGAAAGAAUACUUUUUCUGAUCAUUUAGGUCUCUACUAAUUCGAAAAGCUAUCAACAACAGAUAUGAAUGUGUUACUGUCAGAUUCCACAUGGAAAUGUAUCUGUUUUUACCGCUUUUAUUCAUGUUGCUGGCUCUCACAUUGUUAUGAAGUGUUUAAAAGAUGUUCUUUAAUCCAUGAAACUGGAUUAUGUCAUCUAUAAAGAGAUGAAAGAAUGUUGUUUCCUUUUGUACGUGUGUGUGCGUGUGUGCAUGAUUACCUAUGUUUAGAAAGAGUUUUCAUUAAGAGCUUAAUUUAAGAUUGGUGAAUUUUUUUCAGUUUAUUUAUUCAAAUGAUUUUAGGUUACACAAGCCAAUGCACCAAAAAAUGUUUCCUGAAUGCUUUAAUAAAUAUUAAAUAUCAAAUAGUACCAUUAAAUCUCUGAACAGAUGUCUGCCUUCUCGGCCAUCGGUAUGGAGCAUGUUUGCUUAAUUUAAAUUAAUAUACCGUAUCGUCUGGUUGUUUUUAUCUUUCUGUCUGUCAAUGUUAGAGUAUAAUAAA